GAAGAGGAUGAACUGGUAGUGAUAAGAGCUCAACCUUUGCCACAUUAUGGAGUGCCUUUUAAGCCCCAAAUUCCAGAGACAAGAACUGUGGAAGUAUGCCCGUUCUCCUUUGAUUCUCGAGACAAAGAACGUCAGUUGCAGAAGGAAAAGAAAAUAAAAGAACUGCAGAAAGGGGAGAUGCCCAAGUUCAAGGCUCUUCCCUUGCCUCAUUUUGACACCAUUAAUCUGCCAAAGAAGAAGGUAAAGCAUGUGACCCAGAUUGAGCCUUUCUGCCUGGAGACCGACAAGAGAGGUGCUGUGAAGGCACAGACAUGGAAGUACCAGCUGGAGGAAAAACGUAAACAGCAGAAAGAAGCGGCUUGCUUCAAGGCACGUCCAAACACCGUCAUCUCCCAAGAGCCCUUUGUUCCCAAGAAGGAGAAGAAAUCAGUUGCUGAGGGCCUUUCUGGUUCUCUAGUUCAGGAACCUUUCCAGCUGGCUACUGAGAAGAGAGCCAAAGAGCGGCAGGAGCUGGAGAGGAGAAUGGCUGAAGUGGAAGCCCAGAAAGCACAGCUACUGGAGGAGGCCAGGCAGCAGGAGGAAGAGCAGAAGAAGGAGGAGCUGACCAAGCUGCGGCGAGAACUGGUAACCUGA